AUGUCGCGCUACGGCUCUAUAUGGGGAGACGAUGACCGAAGAAGUGCCACGAACGAACUUCGCAUUAGCCAGCCGGAUGACAAAGCGACGGGCCCCUCCAAUAAUAGCGCACCCGAAGAAGUCGUUCUGAGAACUACUACCACUUCUUAUGGCGAUGAUGAUAACCCCAGCGACGACUCGGAAUCAUACGGAUUUAUCAAGCAGGAGGGCUCCCCCACUAUAUCGCCAGAUAUCAGGACCAUCAGCGAUGUAUCUACUUAUAACGGUACUACGCUUGGACGUACUCUCAGAGAACAAGAUGACGCGGAGAUCGAUGCACUGCCCCUGAAGGAGGGAAGGCUGAAGGAGCCGGACGCGCAAGAAGGAAACUCGUUCUUGACUACGACCAGCCCGGACGCAGAUUGUCCCCCGUAUACACGCUGGGAUGAGCGAUCUGCAACACAAACAAGCGAUGUCAACUGCAGCGGUAUUCCUCCCAGCAUGGAGGACGGUCGUCAGGUCGAAUCUAGCGACGACACAUCAUUGAUCGACCGGUUCAUGAACAUGGCUCUGCAACCACAGCAGGACGUUGCGACGCAUGCUCCACUACAUGAGGACCCAAUUGGAGAACCUUCCAUGGACCCUAAGCCAUUGGAAGAGUCACACCACCAACAAGCCGCCUUUGAUGAGCUGGUAGAGGUGCUCAAGACGUCGACCCCUCAGGGUUCCAAGACCAGAAAGCUCGAGUUCAUCCGAUGCAAGCUGUCCACCACCGAGACUCUCAAGAGAAUGAAAAGAGAAUUGGGUACCGCUGAUUUCAAGGAAUCGUAUACAUCAAUGUUGUUGUGGCACAAAAUUCACGCUAAAUUACGAGACUUCCAGAUGGCUACCAACUACCACGGAAAGGCAGGUGCGGACUGGCGGACCCACAAGCAGACUUUGAGAGCGUCCUCUUGGAAAGACGCAUCCCUGCCUGCUCUAGCUGCGCAUCGCGAGCUAGGUCUGUUUGUCCAGGAGUCGGAGGGACGUCGGGAAUGGGUGGCAUUCAGGCCGGGUGUGUUCGCGACACGUGUAGCUUGCUUCUACGCUACUCUCCUACAGCAACCAAAUGUAGGUGCUGCGGAUCUUGUCGCUGGAUUCCAGGAGUAUAAUGUUGAGCUGCUCAAGUGGUUCGAGGUUGGAGAUUGA